UCAUCUCCGGCCUCAUCAGUCACCGCCGCCGCCGCCGACACAGCAAGCAAACGCACUAGCGCGAGCGCAGUUCCCGAGGGUUAGUUUAGCGGCGAUGUCGGCUGAGGAGGCUGCUGCUGCCGCGACCGAGGUCCCCGAGACCGAGGUGGAGUCCGAGGCCCCUGCCGCCGAGGAGGCGGAGGCCGCCAAGCCCGCCAAGGCGAAGAAGGCGGCGGCUAAGGAGAAGAAGGCCCCCAAGGAGAAGAAGGCGCCCAAGGAGAAGAAGCCCGCAGCUGCUAGGAAGCCGGCCGCCCACCCGCCGUACGCCGAGAUGAUCUCGGAGGCGAUUGCGGCGCUGAAGGAGAGGACCGGGUCGAGCUCGGUGGCCAUCGGCAAGUACCUGGAGGAGAAGCACGGCGGGAACCUGCCGUCCAACUUCCGCAAGCAGCUGGCCGUGCAGCUCAAGAAGCUCGCCGCCGCGGGGAAGCUGACCCGUGUGAAGAACUCCUUCAAGCUGCCGUCCGCCCGCCCGGCGGUCGAGCCCAAGGCCGCGCCCAAGCCCGCCAAGGCCGCCGGCAAGCCGGCUGCCAAGCCCGCCAAGGCCGCCAAGCCGGCGGCCAAGCCCAAGGCGUCCCCGAAGGCGAAGGCCAAGACCGCCGCCAAGCCCAAGGCUGCUGCGGCGGCGUCCCCCAAGCCCAAGGCCAAGGCCAAGGCCGCCGCCCCUGCCGCGGCGCCCAAGCCCCGCGGCCGCCCGCCCAAGGCUGCCAAGACCUCCGCCAAGGCCUCCCCUGCCAAGGCCGCCAAGAAGCCCGCCCCGGCGACGCCCAAGAAGGAGAAGGCCGCGGCGACCCCCAAGAAAGCCGGGCGCCCGAAGAAGGCCGCCGCUGCAUCUCCGGCUAGGAAGGGCGCGGCGAGGAAGGCCAAGAAGUAGACCGGCGCCGGCGCCCCCCUGCCAUUCCGCCUAUAGAUGUGCCCCCCGCUCCUCCCCGGAUUUUGGUCCAUCCUAGCUUUGUCAGAUGAAACCAGUAAAACCAGUGCCUAGUUCUAGAUUUGGUCGGUAGCAUCAGCAGUAGUCGGUCUGUAAAAUCUUGGAGAUGCCGAUCCUUUCUUGGUCGGCAUGCUCCUCUCUUGCCUGUAUGAUGAUGAACUGAGUUAUGAUAUGAUAAUAGUAAUGUUAUGUUCCUGGGCUCGUUGCCCUGAAUCUGAA